AUGAAUGCAAUCAAUCCCCAAGACCUACCCGACCGCGUGCUCGGUGCCAUCAUCAGCGGUUUCGGUCUCUCUUAUUUCAUUGUUUUUCUCCUGCAGUUUCUUCUAUUCCACUUCCCCUCGUCCCAAGAGGCCAUUCCAGAAGCUCUCGCGGUGAUUGCGUUUGGUGUGGGUGUCAUGCUUUGGUACCUAGGUGUCUUCUUUCAUCAGCUUUUCCGCACAUUCCACGAAAGAUCCACUGAACAACAGCUUAGACUGCAAGCUGGAGUUCUGUUCUUGAUUUGGACAGCGGCAAUUCCGACCAUUGUCUUCCUUUUCCCAGCUCAGCCGUGGCUACAGCUUGGAUACACAUCGGCUUUGGCUGUCAUCGCGAUUGGCAGCCUACCUCAGAAGGUCCUAUGUGAUGUGAACAACCAAAAGUCUCCAGACACAUCUUGCAUUCAUCUGGCAUCGGUGAUCAUGUUGUCUUUGACACCGACGAUUCAUGCCCUGGCUGAGCCAGUAACCGGCGCUUCGCCAUUGGCGAUUGCUUUUGGUCGGAUGGUCAUCAUCGGUGCACUGUCUUUUGCGUUUCACUUUCUUCAGCCACUGGAACGCAUCGGCCUUGCUAGGAUCUGGCAACUCAGCUUCCACGGGAUGCACAUGAUGUUGACGUACAGCCUCGUGGCGUAUUCCAAGGCAGUGAUGCAGGCCGCAGUUGCUCGCAUGUCGUGA